AUGGAGGGGAGAGGGAAUAUGAGAAGCAAACCCUCCCCUGCAUCAGAUCCCACCCCUCCAAGACUCUCCCCAUCCCUGCCAGGAACCCUUAGCCAUCCAUUCUCUGUGUCUUCUGAAGCCUCUUGGUUCUUUGGGAACCCCCCCGUGCCCGCCGAGCCUGACCCCCAUGCCGUCAUCAACUCACCCCCCCCCCCCCCCCAUUCAUCCUCUUCCUUUUCCCUUGGGCCAUCACUGAUCAGGACUUCCUGCGCUGAGCCAAGUCGAACUGUCCCGCUGCCCGCACCACCUGCUGCCCAUCAUUGCCCUAUCCCGCCGCGGCUGCAGGCCGACCGCCUUGUCCUCGCAGCCGGUAGCGCAGCCGGCUCGGGGCCAACACGUGUCUGCACCAAGCACGGCGCAGUGUGGCUCGCUGCCGCCGUUAUCAGUUUGAUGUUGUGCUCUCUCUCUGCUUGCGCCGUAUCCGCCCCCGGCCAGCACAGCUGGCUAGCUAGCCGCCGCGCGGGACCUUCUGUGUCUCGAUCGGCUUGCAAGAAGAGGUUUGACCCGACUCGGGUGGUGCGAGAGCGAGGACAGGAACGGGGGGGGAGGCGUGAGACCGAGGAGCAAUCGCGCGCUCGCGCUCGAAAAGGGCCCGAUUAA